CCGAUUUGCGCCCAUACUCCUGCUGCCCACUGCAUCUGGUUUAACACCAACACAGGAGACGAGCGAACGAGCGAGCGAGCGAGAGAGAGAGAGAGAGGAUUUGCUGAGUCAUUGAAGAAGAUUGAGCAAUCCUCCAUCGUAGCUAGAAUAUAAAUAAACUCAAAGAAUAGAUAAAUCAUCAAAAUGGGGUUUCAGUCUUUAACUGCAAAUGGAGAUCUCCAGAUUAUUCUUUGGCUCUUCAAUACCAACAUCAGGACCCUAGAUAUUAUCAAGGGCAUCGGUCAGAUCUUCAGAAAUAUGUUCUGCGACAAACCCAACAUUGUUCUGAACGAAAGGUGUGUCAAGAUAUUACCUACCAUACAUGAAGAUUUGAUGGUGUCUGUUGACAAUGUGCACCAGAUCAAAACUCGGGAUUGGUGUUCAGAAAAGGACUAUGAUAAUAAGGAGAAUACUAAGGCUGUUUUCAGUGCAUUGGAUACAAUACUGAAGGACACUUUGGAUCGUCUGAAAAUUAUUAGGGAAAGCAUUUUGAUGGCGGGAUCUGGGCUUUGGGACUGUAAUCAAGGCAAUGAUAUCACUGGAGAUGCUGGCAUAAUCAGGGCUUUAUGCAUGAAUGGCAAGUUUGGAGCAGCACUUUGGCUUCGGAACAAAAUGAUACAUAAAUGCAUUAUUCCCAAUGUGCUUACACACAAUUACCUGGUAAAUGUACUAUGUAAAGUGGGCAACUUGGAGAAGGCUGAUUGGCUAAUUAAGGAGAUGCUAGAAAUUGGUCCUCCUCCCAAUUGCAUUACCUACAAUACUUUGAUUGGUGGAUACUGCCGAGUUGGUAACAUAGACAAAUCUCUCGAUCUUUUCAAAUUGAUGUAUAGCAAUGGCAUCAGCCCAAAUAGAGUUACUUGUAACAUUCUUGUCAAUGCAUUGUGCAAAAAGGGUCUUUUGGACAAUGCUAAGAAACUUCUUGGAGAAAUAUUAGGUGAGAGUGAUGAGACAUCAAAUUUGAUGACUUCAACAAUACUUAUUGAUGGUUAUUGCAGGCAGGGAGAUAUGAUUGAGGCUCUCGAGCUUUGGAAUAAUACGUCCCAAAAGGGUAUCCAAAUGGAUGUUGUUGCUUAUAACACCCUCAUUCAUGGACUCUGUUUGAAUUGGCAUAUGAAGCUUGCAUAUAGAUAUGUCUGUGACAUGUUGAAGAGGGGCCUUCUUCCUGAUGUAUUUACCUACAACACUCUAAUCAGUGCACUUUGUAAAGAAGGGAGUUUUGAUGAGGCUUAUGAUAUCUACAACAUGAUGUCAAGAAUGGGUGUUCAUCCAGAUCAUCUUUCUUACAAAAUGAUUAUUGAAGGCCUUUGUAUUCAUGGAGAUGUCAUCAAAGCUAAUAAGUUCCUCAUCUACAUGCUGGAAGAUUCUGUAAAACCAGAGUCAAUCAUUUGGAAUGUACUGAUAGAUGGGUAUGGGAGAUCUGGAGAUCUUACCAAUGCUCUCCUGGUUAGAGAUCAGAUGAUAGCAUUUGGUGUUGCACCGAAUAUCUUCACUUAUAAUGCAUUAAUUCAUGCACAAAUAAAAGGAGGAAAUAUUGUUGAUGCACAAUCCUUAAAGCAAGAAAUGCUUUCAAAUGGGCUUUUCCCUGAUACCAUAACUUAUAACUUGUUAAUUGGGGCUUUCUGUAAUUUUGGGCAUGUUCGUUGUGCAUUGCAGUUGCACAAUGAAAUGCUGAGAAGAGGGUGCCAGCCAGAUUUUAUUACAUACACUGAGCUGAUAAGAGGUCAUUGUAUGGAGGGGAACAUGAAGGAAGCAGCAGAACUUUUCAAUAAGGUACAAAAAUCUGGUUUAGUUAUUGACCAUGUACCUUUUCAAAUACUCAUUAAGAAGUAUUGCAAAUUGAAAGAACCAGAAAAGGCAUUCCAGCUUUACAAAGAAAUGGUUGAUAAGGGGCAUGCAAGCCAUUGUUCAACUUAUUAUUCCCUAAUGUUGGAGCUGAGGAGGAAAGGAUUCAUUCUAGAAGCAAUUCAAUUGUUCAAGCACAUGUAUUCAUUGGGCUUAAUGAAAUAGAAUUCUCUUUCAAUCUUGACCUCCUACAGCACUUGGAUAUCAGAGUGAGGAUCCUCCUGUCUUCUGCAUCUGACCUGAUGGAGAGACAAGAUGAUGCAGCCCUAUCUUUAUUGGUGGCAACCUGAGAUCAAUCCCUGAAGUUGUAAUUGCAACAGACAGUGGCAUCCAAUGGAACUGCAAGAUGAUUAGAUGAACCACAUUCCAAAUGUUCUUAAUGUCCAGUUGAGUUGGUCAUGACCCACAACCAUUCUACCUUACAAGGGAGGCAUAAAGAUGGGCUACAGAAAUGAAAUGUUCACAAGCAACGGAAAUUGUCAAAGCACGGUCCAGUGGGUGUGGCGGACUCCAUCAUGGCUGAACUUCUUGCAGUAAUUCAAGGAAUGCAGAUAGCUAAAGAUUAAACAUGGAUAAGUUGAUUAUUGAGGGAGACUCCAAGUUAGUAGUGGGAUGGUUAAAGAAGCCGGGUUCGGUAAUUUGGGCCUAUGGGGAUGAAAUAAAAAAGUUUAACUGGCUAACUAACAGCAAGACUUUGAGGGUACAAUAGGUUAGAAGAUCAGCAAAUGGGAUGGUGGAUACCUAGCAAAUCAAGGGGUAAAUAGGGAUCAUUUGAUUCCUGAUUUUCUUUUGAAGUUAGAAAUGGAAGUGGUGUUUUGUCUUCUUGAUUAUUCAUUCAUAUCUCAUACUGCCAAAUUGGAUUGUGUGCAAGAUGAUGAGGAUCAUUGAUUUGACUUUUUGCCUGGGGAUUUUAUCUGGAUCAUAGUCAAUGAAAUCCAGAUCAUCAAUUGUGUAUUUUACAUCUGAGGAAGGGUUGCUUGAAGCAAAAAUUAACAGAUAUGGAGAGAGUAAUAUUUGUUGAUUGGCAACCACAGUGGUGUUCUUGCUGAUUCUACAGGAAGCUAAGGUUGAUGUUGUUGUUGGUGCUCUUACUGAAUACACAAGUUUAUGAAUUACCUGCUUUGAAGGUGACUGCCUUGAGGUUUACAGAGACAACUAGGACUAGAAUUCUUAAAGUUGGAGGUGAAUGUUUGACCCUUGAUCAACUUGUUCUCAGAUCACCACUUGGGCAUAACAAAUUACCAGUGGAAAAUCUUGUUCAGUUCCACUUCGGUGAGGGGUCUAAAGAAGAGAGGUAAAAUCUUGUGGAGAUGUGCUAGAGCUGCUGUUUGCUGGACGGUCUGGGAAGAAAGAAAUCAAAGAUUAUUUCAUGGAAAAGAAAAAAGCAAGGAAGCCCUCAUAGAACUUGUAUAUGUUAGGGUGGCCCACUGGGUCAAGAUUUUGAAGCUUUCUGAAGCCUAUUCAGUAGGAGACAUCAUUAGAAACUGGGAAGAAGUGGCUCGGUCAGCUCCUGUGUCUAGUGAUAUUAGACCUGUUUGGACUGCACCAGACUUGGUUUCAUCAAAUUGAACUUUGAUGGUAGUAGUGAAAGAAACCCAGGUCUUUCAAGCAUAGGUGAUAUUUUCAGGAACGAAGAAGGUCGAAUUAUUGCUAUGUUAACUCUAUUUGAAAACUCGUCUGGAUUGGGAAAAAUAGUGGAUUAAGUGGGCAGCAAAUCUAGUGGGGUUGGUUGUUCACUAGAGCAACAUGGCUUCCAUAUCAAUGAAAAUGUAGGAAUGUUGCAUGUGAUAAAUUGUAAAAUCUCACCGUUUUUUACUAGAAAAAUAAGUAAAAUAUCCUGGUCUAAUUUGCUUAAUUAUAUCAUUUUAUGUUGCUCUUCUUGAGUGUUCACUAGUCCUUUUAAUAUGAUUUUUGGAGUCUCAUUAUUUUUGGUUGCUUGCAACAGGGUGUUGAGAAGUCAGAAACAGACUAAAAAGACUGGUUAUAUCACAGGACUAUGCAAAAAGAGAUGGAUUAGAUUACAUUUGUCCUCACUGCAGCAUGUCAAAUUUCAAUGGGAAAUCACUGAAAACUGCGAAUGGGGUUUCAAAGGUGUUGCCAGCUUCAUGGCUUGUUGAUUCUCUGGUUUCCCUCCAUUUAUGUGUCUCCACAUGCAAGUUGAAGGGCUGGAAGGGUUAGGGGUAGACCAAAAAGGUCCAAUUUUCAUGUGUAAUAGUUGGAAGAGAUGACCGUGUCAAAGACAUAAUGUAUUAUACCUUUUUGUUUUAUUUAAUUAAUUCUGGAGGAUGUAACAGUUUGUCUACUGUCUGGUCACAUGGAAUGGCAUACCGGUUCCUCGUUUACCUCAUUUAAAAUCAUUAGUUUUAAUGUUGUUUGACAGCUUCUAUAUUGUAUCAAGAGGCUUGCUUACAGUAUGUUAUUUUCUGGAACAUAGGACUUCUCAAUAUCCAUGGCA